ACCAAAUCCUUUAACCAGUGGUGAACACAUCGCUUCAACACUGAAGAAUCAUCAGGUCACUCAGUGAUAAGCUACAGAGUACAAUAAGAUGUCUCGAGAGCAGCUGGUGGUUCAGCAGGCCAGAAAGGCUUUUCAAACUGGGAGAUCUAAACCGCUGGAUUACAGAAUACAGCAGCUGAAAAACCUACAGCGUUUUAUUACAGAAAAGCAAAAUGACAUCACUGAAGCUCUCAAGAAGGACCUGUGCAAGAGCAAGAAUGGAACAUUGCUAUAUGAGAUCCUCGGCCUUGAAGGAGAGAUCAGUCUGGCUAUGAGCAAACUGGCAGAGUGGGCAGCCCCCCGUCCUGUGGCUAAAAAUCUUCUCACUAUUUCCGAUGAGGUUUACAUCCGUCCAGAACCUCUCGGCGUGGUGCUUAUUAUCGGAGCUUGGAAUUAUCCGAUAGCUGUGACGCUACAGCCGCUUGUAGGGGCCAUUGCUGCUGGUAAUGCAGCAGUCGUGAAGCCGUCAGAGGUCAGCGUUCACACUGCCAAGGUCAUGGAGCUCCUGCACAUGUACCUGGACCCGGAGAUGUACCAUGUGGUGACUGGAGGAGUUCCUGAAACGCAGGAGUUGCUAAAGCAGCGUUUCGAUCAUAUCUUCUACACAGGAAGCAGCACAGUGGGCAAAUUGGUUAUGGAAGCAGCUGCACGCCACCUCACACCAGUCACUCUGGAACUGGGGGGGAAAAGUCCUUGCUAUAUUGAUAAAGGCUGUGACCUCCGAAUUGCCUGUCGCCGUAUCACAUGGGGGAAGUAUGUAAACUGUGGUCAGACCUGCAUAGCCCCUGAUUACAUCCUUUGUGAACAUAGCAUCCAAGACCAAGUAGUGGAGGAGAUUAGAAAAUGCAUUCAGGAAUUUUACACAAACGAUCCUAAGACCUUCACAGACUAUGGACGCAUCAUCAAUCAGCGGCAUUUCAAGAGAAUAACGGGACUCAUGGAGGGCAGCGUAGUGGCUAUAGGAGGCGGACAUGAUGAAUCCCAGCGCUACAUUGCUCCCACUGUCCUAAAAGAUGUCACGGCAGAAUCCAAGGUGAUGCAGGAGGAGAUCUUUGGGCCUGUAUUGCCCAUCGUCCCUAUAAACGGACUGAAAGAAGCCAUCCAAUUCAUUAAUGAAAGAGAGAAGCCUUUGGCGAUAUACGUUUUCUCUUCUAGUAAGAAGGUAAUAAAGAAGGUGAUGUUGGAAACCUCCAGUGGAGCGCUGUUAGCCAACGACUGCCUUGUUCACUAUACAAUCAGUGAAUUGCCUUUUGGUGGUGUUGGUAACAGCGGGACCGGAUGCUACCACGGAAAAUACACGUUUGAUCAGUUGAGUCACUUGCGCAGCUGCCUCAUUAAAAAUCUGAACAUGGAAAGGCUCAACCUGAUCCGCUACCCACCUCACACUGCACAGAAACUACGCUGGGCCCGAGUUCUCCUCAUCAAACAGGUGAACGUCAAACGUUGGCGACAGCUGGUGCAAGUUGCUAUGCUCACAGCGCUGGCAGCUUUUGUGGUACAGAGGUUCUUGCGAUAAGGUACCUGAAAAGGAACACCGACAGUCCCGUCCAGCCUUCUACAGAAACUUCGCCUUUUUACUGUAGCAUUACUAAUAAAGAGCAAUACUAAACUGUAAUAAAACACUUUAUUUUGUAAAUUGUGAUAGAAAAUUGAAACCAUGUGUUACAGCAAAAUAAAAACAUACACUUUG